AUGAUCGGGCGCCAUCUUCGUCUGGGUGUCGUCGGUGCGCGCUCCCUCACAACGGCACCGAUCCGGCGCGCCGGGGCGGAUGCCUCGGCGUCCACGCCCCGUCAGACCACUACUGCCGACUACAACCGCCUCCUCGCCGGCUACGCGAGGUCUCCCGACCGCCGCCUCGCGGACGCGCGCCACCUGUUCGACAGAAUCCCGAACCCCGACGCCGUCUCCUACAACACGCUCCUCUCCUGCCACUUCGCCCGCGGCGACGUCGCGGGCGCCCGGGAGCUCUUCUCCGCGAUGCCGGCCAGGGACGUCGCGUCCUGGAACACCAUGGUGUCCGGCCUGUCCAGGAGCGGGGCCGUGGAGGAGGCCAGGGCCGUGUUCCUGGCCAUGCCGGCGAGGAACUCCGUCUCGUGGAACGCCAUGGUUUCCGGGUUCGCCUCCGCUGGCGACAUGGGCAAGGCGGAGGCGUGCUUCCGGGACGCGCCGCAGAAGGACGACCCGGUUCUCUGGACCGCGAUGGUGUCGGGGUACAUGGACGCCGGCAACGUGGAGAAGGCCGUCCGGUUCUUUCACGCGAUGCCGGUGAGGAACCUGGUCUCGUGGAAUGCCGUGGUUGCUGGCUACGUCAAGAAUUCGCGCGCGGAGGACGCCUUGCGGGUGUUCAAGGCUCUGGUCACGGCUGCCGCUGUCCGGCCAAAUGAGUCGACGCUGAGUAGCGUGCUCCUUGGAUGCAGCAACUUGUCUGCGCUGGGGUUCGGGAGACAGGUACAUCAGUGGUGCAUCAAGUUGCCGCUGAGUAGGAGAGUCACCGUGGGCACGGCCCUUGUGAGCAUGUACUGCAAGUGUGGGGACUUGGAGGGCGCUUGCAAGCUGUUCGGUGAGAUGCGCACGAGGGAUGUAGUUGCAUGGAAUGCGAUGAUUUCCGGCUACGCUCAGCAUGGGGAUGGACGGGAAGCUAUCAGAUUGUUUGAGAAGAUGAAGGAUAAAGGAGUUGAGCCAAACUGGAUUACUUUCGUGGCAGUGUUGACAGCUUGUAUCCAUACUGGGUUGUGUGAUUUUGGAAUACAGUGCUUUGAGGGUAUGCAGGAAGCCUAUGGAAUUAAGCCCCGGGUUGAUCAUUACUCUUGCAUGGUGGAUCUUCUCUGCCGAGCUGGUUUGCUUGAAAGAUCGGUAAACUUGAUUCGCUCUAUGCCCUUUGAGCCACAUCCUUCUGCAUAUGGCACUCUAUUGGCUGCCUGUAGAGUUUAUAAGAAUUUGGAAUUUGCUGAGUUUGCUGCUGGAAAGCUAAUCGAGCAGAACCCGCAGAGCGCAGGCGCCUAUGUGCAGCUGGCAAAUAUUUAUGCUGCAGCAAAUCAGUGGGCCGACGUCUCUAGAGUAAGGCGGUGGAUGAAGGAUAAUGCAGUGGUCAAAACACCCGGGUACAGCUGGGUUGAGAUAAAGGGCGUAAUUCACGAGUUUAGAUCAAAUGACAGAUUACAUCCUCAGCUUCAUUUGAUUCAUGGAAAGCUGGAGCAGUUAGAGGAGCGGAUGAAGGCAAUGGGUUAUGUUCCAGAUCUUGAUUUCGCACUUCAUGAUGUAGAGGAGAGUCUGAAGGUGCAAAUGCUAAUGAGGCACAGCGAGAAGCUCGCAAUUGCGUUUGGCCUGAUUAGUACUGCUCCUGGGUUAACCUUGAGGAUUUUCAAGAAUCUCAGGAUUUGUGGAGAUUGUCACAAUGCUGCAAAGCUCAUCUCCAAGAUCGAGGAUCGAGAAAUCAUUCUGAGGGAUACGACACGUUUCCAUCACUUUAGACGUGGCCAUUGUUCAUGCGGGGAUUACUGGUGAAGAAUACCAAUAACAAUGUAUACUAGCAAAUUUCAUUGGUUUGCAACAGUAUUUGAUCCUCAACAAGAACAUGAAUGUUGAUGCAUUGGGUCUGCGCAGUGCUCAACAUCCUAACAUGUGAGGAAUUUACCAUAGCGGUUUCUGUGUGUGAAUUAGAAUUACUGGUACAGUUAAUGGUCCAUCAAUCUUGAGUGAUGAAUGCAGUUUCUAUCAACAAAUUACAUUUAAUUCAUCUGUGAUGGGUAAUCUUGAGAUCCUGACACUGGUGACCUGUCCUUGCCUAUUGAUAAAAAGUGGGAUGUAAAUAUAUGGAAAUGAUGCCGAGGAAAACGCUGAAGAAUUUCGCUUUGUGUGGCAAGAACAUCUGAAAGGGCUUGAUUGCCAUCAUUCCAAACUGAUGACCACAUCCAAGAAGACUAAGGUUGGAAUGAAAACUAGUGACCUUGAGGGAACAGCUGGGCAUCACACAGGGACAUCACUGCUGGAGAUCAUUGCCCACAGACUUACAGUCUCUGAGACAAUCGAGAGAACAUAAAGGCCAGCAUAAUAGCAUGCAAUGAUGCAACACGGCACCACAGAAUCUACAGGCCGAGAAGUACAAAGUGAUGUGCAUUGUGAAGCCACCACAAUGAUGCAUGAAGAUAUGGACGGACUAUUAGGGAUAUCCUGAUCAUAUUGUGCUGAAAAAAAGAGGAACUACUAUCACUACGACACUGUUCAAUGGAAGGUCAACAUUACUGCUUCACCCUUGUAUGGCUGAAUCUAUCUGAUGAAAAAGGAAAAGGAAUGAUGUCUUCACGGGCAACAUCUUGGGCAAGGAAACAUUCUCAUUUCUGCAAUCAAUACUUCCGCUGUUGUAUGGUCCAUCUGUGGCCUCACCUCCUCACGGUAUCCCAUCUCCACAAAAUUACUCACUUUAUGUUUGAUUUUAGCUCCUUGUUUCAGUUUGAAGUUCUCUUUACUAGGAUAUGUGCAAUCGAUGCAAGU